GCACAGACCACCCAUGUAGUCGUUCGUCUCUCGACAAGAGGCCCCUUGCGGACAGCCACAGCCAGCAAGCUCUGGCCUCGGCAUGUUGGAAGUGCAGUUGUCCUCCUAUAACACUACCUGCAACCUUCAAAGGCCCGCCUCUUGCACCCAUUGAUCUGUGAGCAGCUCGUGUAUCAUGCCGUAUUGUCCUUGCGCCCUUCCUGCCUCACAGGCUGCGGUAGGAAAAGGUCCACGUCAUACUUGCCCACAGAGCGAGGACUGGUCCAAUAUCAGCGACCUGGUUGAGCGCCGCAAGAUACAGAACCGCAUCGCUCAGCGCAAAUACCGCAAGAAACUCAGAAAGAAACUGGCACUGCUGAAUAGUAUUACUACAUCUGGGUCGAGUUUGAGGGGCGAUUCUCGUCCUGCUAGACCGCACGAUCUGGCCGAUUCGUCCUGUCUGAAAGUCUGUCCUGAGGUCGGCACACCAGGCCUGCAUCACGAGCGAGACAGAGACCACAGCUUCACGCCGCUACAGCAGCAUUACAAUGACGAGCCUUUAAACACACUGCUGCCUGUACCCUCACCGUCACCGACAUCGGGUCCGGUCACAGCACAGAAUACCGAUCCUUCUCUUAACACCUUCUAUUCUUCAACAGCCGUUGCGGCGCGCUUAGCCACGUCGCCUCCGGUCGAAUACUCUACAACAAAGAGGUCCUGUAUCGACGGUAGCCCGUUUUACGAAGGCUACCUAGCGAUGAAGGGACCUUCGGUAGCUCAGCGUUGGCAUCUGUAGAUUGAAAAUCGAAAUCGACAAUCUUCUUGUUUUCUGUAUGAUGUGACGGUUUAUGGAGUGAAGAGGUCAUGUCUGCCACGUGUGCUGGUGCAGUGCUCUUGCCUGUUCCAACAGCACUUUCUGGCUGCACGACAGAUACGUCAUGUAAGCAGACCCUGA